CGCAUAUCUCAGCUCCGGCCCUCCCAUCCUCUCCAGUCUGCGGCCGCCGCUCUCACAGCCACCUCUCCGGCUGCAGCUCUCGGCUCCUGCCCGCUCGUACCUGCCGCCCUCCAGCCUGCCGUCCCUCCCCCUCUCGGUGCGGACAUGCUCCCGGGGCUCCGGAGAUGAGGCUCCGCAAUGUCUCAUUCCUGACGGUCUUGUUGUUCGGGCUGAGCGGGCUGGUCUCCGUGUCCUGGUACACCGCCUUCAGCAGCUCCAGAGGAGAUGUGGUGGACAUCUACCAGAGGGAGUUCCUGGCCCUGAGGGAGCGCCUCCAUUCAGCAGAACAGGAGAACCUGCGGCGGUCCAAAGAGCUGAACCUGGUUCUGGAGGAGAUCAAGAGGGCCAUCGCAGAGAAGCAGGCGCUCAGAGACAUCAACCGGACCUGGAGCAGCCUCUCUGAGGAAACCAGGCUGAAGCUGUGGAACGUGAGCAGCAGUAAAAACGUGCUGCAGCUUCCCUCCAUCUUCCAUCAUCUCCCUCACCUGCUGAACAGAGAGGACAGCCUGCAGCCCGCCAUACACCUGGGCCAGGGACGCACCGGAGUCUCUAUAGUCAUGGGGGUUCCCAGCGUGAAGAGGGAGGUCCACUCCUACCUGACGGACACGCUCAGCUCGCUGAUGUCGGAGCUCAGCCCCGCGGAGAAGGACGACUGUGUCAUCGUCGUCCUCAUCGCAGAGGCCGACCAGCAGUACGCCAGCAGUGUAGCCGACAACCUAAAGCGCCUUUUUCCUGCUGAGAUCCAGUCCGGCUUGCUGGAGGUCGUCUCUCCGUCGGUCCACUUCUACCCCGACUUCUCCAAACUCAGAGAGUCCUUCGGAGACCCGAAGGAGAGAGUGCGGUGGAGAACGAAGCAGAACCUGGACUACUGCUUCCUGAUGAUGUACGCUCAGUCUAAAGGAACGUAUUACGUGCAGUUAGAGGACGACAUCGUCGCUCGUCCAAACUUCUUCACCACCAUGAAGAACUUUGCCCUGCAGCAGCCGUCAGAGGAGUGGAUGAUCCUGGAGUUCUCCCAGCUGGGCUUCAUUGGUAAGAUGUUCAAGUCCUCGGACCUGUCGCUCAUAGUGGAGUUCAUGCUGAUGUUUUACAAAGACAAACCCAUCGACUGGCUGCUGGACCACAUCAUGUGGGUCAAAGUGUGCAACCCAGAGAAAGACGCUAAACAUUGUGACCGGCAGAAAGCAAACCUGAGGAUCCGAUUCAAGCCGUCGCUCUUCCAGCAUGUCGGCACUCACUCGUCUCUGGCUGGAAAGAUCCAGAAGCUGAAGGAUAAAGACUUUGGGAAGCAGACGCUGCAUAAGGGUCACGCCAACCCGCAGGCGGAGGUGACCACCAGCCUGAAGACGUACCAGCACUUCACCCUGGAGAAGGCCUACGCUGGAGAGGACUUCUUCUGGGCCUUCACCCCCGUGGCCGGCGAUUUCAUCCGGAUACGAUUCUUCACGCCCGUCCGCAUCGAGAGGUUUUUCUUCCGGAGCGGAAACAUCGAGCAUCCAGGAGAUAAACUCUUCAACACGUCAGUGGAGGUUCUGCCGUUUGACAACAUUCAGGCAGAGAAGGAGGCGCUGACUGAAGGGAGGGAGAAAAAACCAAAGUACCAUCGGACCGAGGACGGAUUCAUCCGGAUAGGUUCUUUCCAGAACGGGAUUGCAGAAGGAGAAGUGGACCCCUCCUUCGGGCCCCUGGAGGCCAUGCGUCUGACGGUGACGACGGACUCGCCGGUGUGGGUCAUCAUCAGCGAGAUCUUCAUAAAGAAGGCCGAGUGAAGCUCCGCCUCCCGCAGUGACACCUGAGCGCACCUGAGCCCAGGCUCCUGACUACAGAACCUCAACGCGGUGCUGCGACGCCUCCGCCUGGCCGGGCCUGGCCGCCGCAGGGCCGCUCAGCUCAGAGACUGAAACACUCGGACCGGCAGCACCGGCGGAAAACCCAAACAUGUUCUGCUGGUUUCCACGGCAACGUGACGCUGUAAUUACCCAGAAGAUUCUGUAUUUAUGUGUACAUACAGUAAGCUAAAUGUGAAACACUGGAAGCCGGAGCGGCGAGCUGUUCUGAUGAUCGACCGGAUGCUUGGAGACACUUCCUGUCUGCAGACACUUCCUGCCACCGCCCGCCCCUCCAUGUAUGUUCACACGCGUGUCGGCGCGUGUCGGCUGCUCCGGGGUCUCCUCCGUCAGUUAACGAGUUGCCUUAACGAAGACUGAGCAGAUCUCCGUCACACGUAGCGUCCGUCCUGAAUGAUUGUUCCUGAAACUACUGAUGAAGGCAGCCGGUGCCGGGCUGGCCGAGGAUAACCGAGGCCUUUACUCCACUCUGUUCUCACUGUGCCGUCUCUCUGUAAAGACUUUCUGUUUUCUGUAAAGAGACUGUUGUCCAUCAAGACCUUGUCUUCCAGAGAGGGAUUUGUGUUGCCUCCAUUCUUAGAGGAGAGGAAGUGUUGGAUAAAUUGUUCCCUUCAUGUGCAGAUGUAACAGUAGGUGCCUUGGACCGAUGGAAAUAAGCCGGUAAACCGUGUCAGGCGUCCUGACCGGAUUUAUUCCCUUUAGUUUAGCAGCAGCAGCUGAGAUCAUCUCCUGGUGUUCGGCCUCGUUAACCGGGACGAGGCUGAUGGUGUUGGAGCUCAUCGUCUCGGUCGGGCAGACGUAGGUUCUGGUAGAGCUGGCCUAAACCUGCUACGGUGACAUGAUGGGGCGCUCAUGUCAAAGGUUCUUGUUCUGAAGCCCAUCAGGUUCCUCGUCUUCAUCAUCUGGACCAGGUUCUGACCCACUCUGCUCCUCUUGGAGUUGACCCAGUUUCUUGGCUUCUGUUUCUCCCGCUGCUUCUUCAGAACCAACCACAGGUUCUGAGCGGGUUCAGAUCCGGGGAGAUUGCUGAGCACAGCAGGUCCAAAGCUUCACGGUUCUGAUUGAUCCACUUCGGUUUUGACCCGUGCUCCAUGGUGCUGGGAAAUCCACAGAUCAUCACCAAACUGUGCCUGAAGUGCUGGAAGAAGUUGCUCUUGGAGGACGUUUCGGUUCUUUUUGGCCCUUCUGG